AAAAAAAAAAAUGGGGUCUGGGGCAAGCCAAUGUAGUCCUCUGGAAUGUUUUUUAAACAACUGGAAAGCAGCCACAAAGCAUGAUGAUUGGGGAAUCAAAUUGAGAAGACAGAGGAUGAGGACAUUGUGUGAAGUUGAUUGGCCCCAACAAACUAAUUGGCCAUCGGAGGGCAGUCUUAAUUUGCAACUAAUCAGCCCACUAUAUCAAAAUAUCUUGAAUGUCCACCCAGACCAGAUCCCUUAUAUUUCUACUUGGAAAACCAAUGUAGAAAAGAACCCACCGUGGUUGAAAGCCUGCCGAGGCGACGCCCCACAAAGUACAGUUUGUGCAGUUCGACCGGCAGGGAAGUUAGAAAGGCCCCCAGUGAUACCAGACCCAGAAGAUGAGGAGGGAGGAAUUAUUAAACCACCUCCACCCUAUGCUCCACCAACUGCCCCUCAGGCAAUUCCACCAGGCCCAGGUCCCCAGGCACUGGGAGGAGCUGGCCCCCAGCCCAAACCCAAGACUGAUGAGUCAGAAGGAGAAGAGGAUGAUGAGGAUGAAGAGUUUGUAGAAAGAUUAGUCAAGCUGACAAAUAAUAACAAGACAUGGACAGAGGAGCAGGCAGAACGUUUAAGGAAGUAUGUGGAACCUUAUGCAAAAGAAGUGGAUGUCAGCCACUAUUUGUUAAAGGCAGCGGAAUGUACAGGGCAACAUAAAAGGAAGUGGCAGAGAGAGUGGGGAAGGGCGGCGAAAAGAGUGACCCUCCAUAGGGCACAUAAAGCACAGAAAAAGGGCGCGGCCAGAGUGAUGCCUCUGCGUAGAGUGUAUGACCCUCCGGCCCCUGCGGGACCUAACGGGGUGGUGCCCAAUAGAACUUAUACAGUUCAACAUGUCCCCUUCUCUAGUGCAGAUGUUUGUAAUUGGAGGAACCAAAACCCUUCAUUUGAGGAAAACCCAGCAAAAAUAAUAAAGCUGUUUGAGGGAAUUUUCAAAACCUACAAUCCGACUUUUGAUGAUGUGCAAUAUUUGAUGGAUGCCCUGCUAACUACAGAAGAGGCUAGGCGAAUUCAUGCUGAAGCCCGAGCACACAUGAGAGCGCAGGGGGCAGGAGAUCAAGCUGUUGCAACAGGAUAUCCUGAAAAUACACCGAAUUGGGAUUAUCAGACCACUGAGGGGCAAAACGCCCUCACCACUUAUCGCCAGAAUGUCUUAAAUGGCAUGAGAAGGGCAGCCAGGAAGCCUACUAAUUUUGCCAAGAUCAGGGAGAUAAUGCAAGGGAGUGAGGAGCCCCCAGGCGCCUAUCUGGAAAGACUGAAGGAAGCCUACCGCCAGUAUACCCCUGUGGACCCAGAUGAGGCUGUCAAUGCCCCUAUCAUAAAAACUGCCUUUGUAGCUCAGGCAGCACCCGAUGUCCGCCGAAAAAUCCAGAAACACGAGGCUUUCAUGGGCCACACCCUUGAGUGGAUGCUAGAAUUGGCUCAAACCACUUAUAAUCAGAGGGAGGAAGAGGCACAAAAGAAGAAAGAGAAAUAUCAAGCAAAAAAGUUGAUGGCAUUACAGGCUACCACACCCACCCCUCAUAAAAGAGGAAGCACCCAGGGAGGAGGACAAGGCCGUCUGGGGAGGAACCAGUGCGCCAUCUGCUGGCAGGAAGGGCACUGGAAAAGAGAAUGCCCACAGGCUCACUUAGAUGGAAGAGGACGAGGAGAACGAGUCCCAGGGCCAAACCCCGUGGGAUCUGGACAGGAACUGAGACCCUGGACAUUGGCGAAUGACAGACCGGGCCCAGCUGAUUUAGGUUCCCGUGAGCCCAUGGUCAAAAUACAAACAGGGAGCCGAACCAUCCCCUUCAUGGUUGACACCGGAGCCGCCCACUCUGUUUUGCCAGUACCAGUAUCCAAGCCCACCAAGCAAACAAUUAAUAUAAUAGGAGCUACAGGCAAAUCACAAAGAGCCCCAUUCCUGCAAUCUGUUGCUUGUAGCUUGGGCGGUCAAGUGGUCCAACACAAGUUUUUGUAUAUACCGGAGUGUCCCAUCCCAUUAUUGGGCCGAGACCUGCUAUCAAAAUUACAAGCCCAGAUUUCUUUCCAACCAACGGGAGAAGUAACAAUGACCACAGGGCCAGCAGGGGAAUUCUCCUUAGAGGUACCCUUAAGGGAACAUUGGCGCUUAAUGAUGGUAAAAGAAGAGGAGGGGAUUAUUUCAGAGGACCUCCUGCAAGAAGUUACCCCUGAUGUGUGGGCAGAAAGCAACCCGCCCGGAAUGGCAAAGAACAUCCCACCUAUAAUAGUCAAGCCCAAGCCAUUCGCCAACCCUGUGGCUGUGAACCAAUAUCCUAUCCCCCGAAGAGCUGCGGAGGGAGUAUGGGUACAUUUGGAACGGUUACUUCGCCAUGGCAUCCUGAGACAGUGUCAAUCUCAGUGGAACACCCCACUCUUGCCGGUGAAGAAGGAAGAUGGCACGUACCGUCCAGUCCAAGACCUUCGAUUGGUCAACCAGGCCGUGGAAACCCUCCACCCCAAUGUGCCCAAUCCUUACACGCUGCUGAGUCUAAUACCUCCUACUGCAUGUUGUUUCACAGUAUUGGACUUGAAGGAUGCAUUUUUCUGCUGCCGCCUGGCAGAGGAAAGUCAGCCCCUGUUUGCAUUUCAAUGGACAGAUCCAGGAACAGGCACCAGGGUGCAAUACACGUGGACAAGGCUUCCACAAGGCUUCAAGAAUUCUCCAACCCUUUUUGGGGUAGCAUUGGCAUCGGACUUGUCUAGCUUCCCCACCAGCCCACGCAGAGUCUUGUUGCAGUACGUGGAUGAUCUUCUUUUGGCUUGUUCAGACAAAGACACGUGUAUGGAAGCCACCAAGGACUUGCUGAACCAUCUGGGUGAAGCGGGAUACCGAGUAUCUAAGAAAAAAGCCCAAAUAUGCCAACCUACCGUGAAAUAUCUUGGAUUUGAUAUAUCUUAUCAGCAACGGACCCUAAGGGAAGAGAGGAAGCAAGCCAUUACCCAGAUUCCAAAACCAAAAAAUCGCAGAGAACUUCGUGGCUUUCUGGGAUCGGCAGGAUUCUGUAGAAUAUGGAUACCAGACUACAGCACAAUUGCCAAGCCUCUGCACGAAUCAACCAGAGGGACGGAAAAGGACCCCUUUGUGUGGGGAGAAGAGCAGCAACAGGCCUUCCAGGAUUUGAAAAGGGCAUUGCAACAAGCACCAGCGCUGGGUAUCCCAAAUCCAGAAAAGCCUUUCUCCCUGUUUGUGGAUGAAGACCAGGGAACAGCAAAGGGAGUGCUAUGCCAAAAACUGGGAAGCUGGCAACAGCCUGUGGCAUACCUAUCUGAGCGCCUGACACCUACAGAACAAGGUUUACCGCCAUGUAUGAGAGCAGUUGUGGCAGUAGCUACCCUACUGAAUAAGGCAGACAAAUUUACUUUUGGCCAAGACACUGUUUGUGUGACCCCGCAUGCAGUCCCAGCUCUGCUCGACAUGAAGGGUACCUAUUUCCUCUCCCAAGCAAGGAUGAGAAAGUGCCAGAUGCUGUUGUUGCACCCGCGUUUGAAGUUCCAGGUUACUACCGCCCUCAACCCAGCUACCCUGUUACCGGUAGGAGAAGGUGAGGAGCAGACGCACGAUUGCAUUGAAGUGAUGGAUGAAGUAUAUUCCAGCAGACCUGACCUAAAAGAUGAGGCAAACCCCCACUGGCCUUCAUGGUUUGUAGAUGGAAGCAGCUUUGUUGAGACUGGACAGCGGAAAGCAGGCUAUGCAGUGGUAGCCCUGGAAGACCAGGUGAUCGAAGCAAAAUCACUCCCGCCUGGAACAUCGGCCCAGCUGGCAGAGCUAACUGCGCUUACCAGAGCCCUGAACCUGGCAAAGGGACAGGAGAUAAACAUUUAUACAGAUUCUAAGUAUGCAUUCCUGACUUUACAUGCCCAUGGAGCCUUAUGGAAAGAAAGAGGUUUGCUUACCUCCAGAGGAAACCAGGUGGCCCACCCACAAGCUCUAUUGAACCUUCUGGAUGCUGUAUGGGAGCCCGAGGCAGUGGCAGUUAUCCAUUGCUAUGGCCACAAGACUGGACCAGGGGAAGUGGCCAGAGGAAACCGAUUGGCAGACAGAGUAGCCAAGGAAGCAGCCCAAGAACUGGCCCCCGCCUCGGUUAUUGGAGCACUGGUCCCAGAAGAGAUUUUAAGCACCGCUGACAAGCCAGCUUACACAAAGCAGGAAAAGGACACUGCAGACGCCCAGGAACUGACAUUGUCCAAAGAAGGAUGGUACCUUACCCAUGAUGACAGGAUAUGGAUUCCAGAGUCUCUUUCUCGGCAGAUAAUUCAGAGAUAUCAUGGUUCAACCCACAUAGGACCCGAUGCUACAACCAAGCAGCUGGGGAAGUGCUUCUAUAUAGCCCACCUCUACCAACUGGCAGCCCAGAUCUCCAGGAAAUGCCUGCUAUGCCAAAAGAAUAAUCCCAGAGCCGGACCACUGGCUCCCCCAGGGAGUCAGCAUAGUGGAACUGCACCUAUGGAAGAUCUUGUCGUGGACUUUACUGAAUUACCCCGUUGUGGACUACACCGCUACCUGCUGGUGGCAGUGUGCACCUACACCGGAUGGGUCGAAGCAUGGCCAACAAAGACUGAAAAGGCAUUUGAAGUAACCAGGUGCCUGCUUAGGGAAAUCAUCCCUCGCUAUGGAUUGCCAAGGUCCAUAGGAUCUGAUAAUGGACCAGCAUUUGUUCACGCAGUCCUACAGGGACUGGUAAAGGCGCUCCAGAUCAACUGGAAGCUGCAUACUGCUUAUAGACCCCAGAGUUCUGGAAAGGUAGAGAGAAUGAACAGAACUCUAAAGAAUCAGCUGUCCAAGCUGACGCAGGAGACCGGGUCUAAUUGGGUGGCCAUGUUGCCCUUGGCAUUGCUCAGGGUCCGCAGCCUCCCGUCAAAGCGGACCCAUUUGUCACCAUUUGAGGUUUUGUUUGGGAGACCAGUCCCCUAUGUUAGAACACCAGAUCCAGAGAAC